AUGGCUGAAGCAAUCGAAAAAUCAAACUUCAUUCUUAUCUGUAUGUCGAGUGAUUAUAAGAAAAGUACUAAUUGUCAAGCAGAGGCUGAAUAUGCAUUUAAUCGCAAGAAAACAAUUAUUCCGCUCAUUGUCGAACCAAAAUUUAAAGCAGACGGAUGGCUCGGCUUUAUUUCUGGAAAUAAAAUUUAUAUCAACUUUGCUGAUAGAGAGCAUAAUGAAUUUGAAACAGUCUACAAAAUGCUUCUUGUUGAAUUGCAACGCAAUGGCCUUGCUUUGUUGCAGUCGUCGACUACUUCAAGUUGCUCAAGUAGAGAUUCGGACAAAAGAAAAUACGAACGACCAAGACCAUCAAUAUUCGAGUCAAAACUGAACACUCAACCAAUGCAAAGCGUCUAUACACCAAUGCCUUCAACUCCUCUAUCAAGAUAUCUUCGCAUCACACGAAUCGAUAAUUGGGACACAAAAAAUGUUGUCGAAUUUCUUGUUGACAAUGAUUUGAAAAGUCUACUGCCGAUAUUGAAAGGUACUGAUGGUCAUGGUCUUAUUGAACUUUAUCGAGUCUACGAGCGUUCGCCAAACAAUCUUUAUAAAAUUUUCAGUAAAGAUAGGCAAAGGAUUUCACUUGGAACCUUUUUCAAAUUCAUCGGAGUUUUGAAAAAAUUUAUUUGUACUACUGAACAAUAUUAAGAAAAACAAUUAUCGAAAAAAAACUUUUUUCAUUAAAGUUGUCUCUUGGAUUUUUCAGUCUAACGUUAACGUUGCUAAUAGUAAUAAAUGUAACUUGACUUUAUAUCUCGAAAAAGUGACACAUCUACGAGAGAGACUAUUGUGUCAUUGUCCAGUGUUCCAUAAUAAACUGCUCAAAAGGAAAGCUCUUCCGUUAUCUUUCCUUCCGAUUUCACUGAUUUUGUUUUGCUUAUAUAUACUACAUGGUUCUCUGAAAAAAACUCUAAAAUGGUUUGGAUUCCUAUUGAUAUCUGAUUAAACUCUAGAGCUUUUAAUAUAUAGAUUUUCUGGAUCUCAGGUUUUCGUUGCACUCAUAUCUUGAACACAGUCUUUUUGAGAUAUGACGAUUUCGACAAACAUUUGUUACAUACGCUAGCAAUGGAAAAGGGUCUAUAUCUUGAAAAUUUCAUAUUUCCAAAAGACUUUGUUUCAAUCUUGUGAAUUUUUUUUUUAAUGAAAGCUAGUCUAGUUGAAUUUUCUAAAUGUGCAAAGUUUCAGAUCAAAGUUCAAAAAUACGAGUGUUCCGAAAACUUGAAAGUCUACUGUGACUUCUAGAAAAAUGCAUGUUCACAAUUCGAUAGUUUAGUCACACAUCCAUAAGAACCCAAAUCCUUUUAGGGUUUUGAUUAGAACUGUAUGUAACAUCUACGUGACCCAUUGCAAAAAUAUUGGAUAACAUUCAGAAGUAGAAUUUUUAAUAGCACAGUUCUCUUAGAAAUUUUACCUUAAAAAACUGAUUGAUCUCUCUAGGCUUUUGGAGAUGACCUGUUGAAGAAUAAUGUUGUACAGAAGGCUUCAUUUUUUUCAUGACAUACGUUCGUUCUCUAGCAUAAAAUAGGCUUUAUUUUGUAUAAAAUCCAGGAAAUUUUCUAAACUAUUACAAAUUAACUUAAUAUAUAUAUACAUACGAGAGUUUAUUUAAUAAUGUAGAAUAGUAUUCAAAAUUUAUCAUACAGAUCUUAUGAAAAUAUUUGUAAAUUUAGCAAUCAUAUUCCAAACUAUGACCAUAUUAGUUGAAAGGAUGAGAAGAUAAAAAAACAUAAUCAAAGUGAACUCUAUUAUAUAACACAUCUGAAUUAUGGUCUUACAAGUUUAGUUGCCGAUGCAGAAAAUCUCUUUGAACAUGUAUUUUAUAAUUGUGAAGUACAUUUUUACGAUAAUGUGGAUGAUAGACAUAGGCAAAUCAUUAUGGAAGUAGCAGUUAAAAACACAUGAAACACCAUCUUCUUUAUGUGAAGCACGCUAUCUUGACGACUAGUUUUUAACUGAUUUUUUUCAACGUCCAUCAAUGUAAAUAUGUAUAAUAACAACGCACUCUAAGUAUUUUUAUCAGCAUAGGUUCUCUUGAUAUAGUUUGACAAAUCCAUGAUCAACCAUAUCCUUCUUAUUAGGCAUGCACCAAACCCAAACCGUUUGGGUUUGGUGAGUUUGGGUAUUGAGUUUGGGUUUGGGUUUGGGUUUGGGAUAUGAGUUUGGGUUUGGGUUUGGGUUUGGGAUAUGAGUUUGGGUUUGGGUUUGGGUUUGGGUAUUGAGUUUGGGUUUGAGUUUGGGUUUGGGUUUGGGUUUGGGUAUGGGUAUUGUGUUUGGGUUUCAGUGUCAGUUUGCUACAUUAACCC